GAUCAGGACCAGCAUUCUCACCUGUACCCCAAAUGACCCAGUGCAGUCUGACAUUUGGACAGUACAGACGGCAGUCCCAGAGUCUGGCUCAUAUUGGAACCACCAGGGUAGUUGUGAAACUCCUCAAUGUGCAGUGCGUGCCCCUGAGGUCUGUGGCAUGAGAAUUUCUGGGGCUGCUACCCUGCUACAUAAGGAUUUUUCAUCCUCGUAGGUGAUGGUGGCCGUGUCCUUGCUUAAUGCUGCCUAGGGAAGGCAAGAAACUCCUGUAAAGGGAACUGGCCUUAGAGGGUUCUUCCAGCCACCAGCAACUCUGUGGCUUUAAGAGCCAUGGCUGGCAUCCUGCCAAGGAAGCCACCACCCCAGUACAGGCCUUGCAAGCAUUGGCUGCAGGAGUAAACUGUAGCAGGCAGUGGUGCCCGGGGCUGGCCCUGGCAUGUAGACCGAGCCUGAGCUGGGCAGAACAAACCGGUGGCAGUGGCGGCGGCAGCAGGCAACCCCAGAAGCUCCUGUGAGCUGAAGAAAAGAGAUCUUUAUGCCUUUCAGAGGGAAGCUCAUUCUGCAAGGCUAAGGAAACAAAGGGAAGGAUUGUGUGUCACUCUAGUCCAGACGUCUCAAACCAACAAAGUUCGUGUUCACAGGUACCAGGAACUCAGGCUUGCAUGUAUCUUUGGGAAGAGGCACAAAUCAACCCACUACAAUACAGGAAGAAAUAGAUGACUCCCAAACACCACUCCUUGACUGCUCAGCACCCACGUUUUCUACAGAGUUAGCUGGUUCCCUGCAGCCCAUUGGGGAUGGUAUGGUGCCCUUCUCACUUCUUCUGAGGUCCCGUCUUCCCUCUGCCCUAAGGAGUCUGCCAACGGCAGCACACAUCAGAAACACAGCCAGCAUGACUGAAGGACUCCAACCAGCUAGUGUGGUGGUCCUACCCAGAUCCCUAGCACCAGCCUUUGAAAGCUUCUGCCAGGCCAAUCAUGGUCCUCUGCCCCUGCUGGGCCGAAGUGAGCCGGAGAAGAUACUGCCGCGCCUUAGCACUGUUCCAGACGGAAGGACCAUCUGUCCACAGUUCCAGAAAUAUGAGUUUGGCACCUGCACAGGCAUCCUGGCCUCACUGGAAGAGUACUCAGAGCAGCUGAAGGACAUGGUGACCUUCAUCAUGGACUGUAGCUUCUCCAUAGACAAGGCCUUGGAGCAGGCAGGGAUCCCCAGAAGAGACCCAGCAGGUCCAAACCACGCAGGAGCAUACAAGACGACAGUGCCAUGUGCCACCAUUGCUGGCUUCUGCUGCCCUCUGGUGGUCACAAUGAGACCCAUUCCCAAGGACAAGCUGGAAACGCUGUUCCAGGCCACACACUCCUUGGGAGGACAGCAAGGACAACCCAUCCACAUUGGUGACCCAGAGCUCUUGGGAAUCAAGGCACUGUCCAAACCUGACUAUGGGAAUUAUGUGGAGUGUCGGCCUGAGGAUGUCCCAGUGUUCUGGCCUUCACAGCUGACCGGUCUGGAAGCAGUCAUCAGUUGCAAGGCUCCACUGGCUUUCACCAGCACUCCAGGCUGCACGGUGAUGAUCCUGAAGGACCCUGUGUCUCCAGCCAGUUGCCAGACCCCUGAGAUGGUUCUGGAAGUCCACGCCAUUUCCAAAGACCCUUUGCAUUACAGUAUAGUGUCAGCCGCUGCUGCUCAAAAGAUCAGAGAGCUGGAGUCCACAAUCGCCAUAGACCCAGGUAACCGAGGGAUCAGGCACCUGCUACGUAAGGAUGAGCUGCUGCAGGCUGCUCUGUCACUGUCCCAUGCCCGCUCAGUACUAGUCACCACUGGAUUCCCCACGCAUUUCAAUCACGAGCCCCCAGAGGAGACAGAUGGCCCACCAGGAGCCAUUGCUUUAGCUGCCUUCCUGCAGGCUCUGGGGAAGGAGACCUCCCUGGUGGUAGACCAGAGAGCCUUGAACUUGCACACAAGGCUUGUUGAAGAUGCCGUUAAGGAAGGUGUUCUGAAGAUACCAAUCCCCACAUUAACUUACCAGAGUGGAUCAAUGGAAGAUGCUCAGGCAUUUUUGUGCAAAGAUGGGGACCCCAAGUCUCCAAGAUUUGACCAUCUGGUGGCCAUCGAGCGUGCAGGAAGGGCUGCUGACGGCAAUUACUACAACGCAAGGAAGAUGAACAUCAAGCACUUAGUUGACCCCAUUGAUGACCUUUUUCUUGCCGCACAAAAGAUUCCUGGAAUCUCAUCAACUGGAGUGGGUGACGGAGGCAAUGAGCUUGGGAUGGGCAAGGUCAAGGAGGCCGUGAAGAAGUACAUCAGAAAUGGAGAUGUCAUCGCCUGUGAUGUGGAAGCUGACUUUGCUAUCAUUGCUGGUGUUUCUAACUGGGGAGGCUAUGCCCUGGCCUGUGCACUAUACAUUCUGAACUCAUGUGAAGUCCAUGAGCGUUAUCUGAGGAGGGCAACUGGGCCUUCCAGGGUACCUGGGGAACAGAGCUGGACUCAGGCCCUGCCAUCUGUCACGAAGUUUGGUCUGAAAUCCUAGCUCAAGCAACCCUUGCCUCAACCUCCUGAGUACUUAGAACUAUAGGUGUGCCCGACUUCCCGACUCAUUCUUAUUUAAAAGAUUUUUUCCAACUUGCUUGAAAAUAACAUCUUUUUCCCAUAAAUAUCAGCCCGCCAUGCCCCAGAAUUAUUAGCAGGUCACCACCUGCCCCUAAGCCUGGAAAUUACCCUGGGACCUCUUUCCCCAUCCACCUUGACUCUGUCGGGAGGUCGGCCUCGCUUUAGAUCUCCUUCCCCCUCCCCUGCCUCUGACAGCCUCAGCCUGGGUAGCACCCCUGCUUCCAGCUCUGCUCCAGCAGGGAGGAGCGGCCCCCUCCACUUGGUCUCUUAGAACAUGGUGUGGUCCUUCCUGGAAAUCUGCUGGGGGUGGCAAUUGGCCCAGCUCUUAGGGACCAGACAAUUGGUCCCUGUGGCUCUCAGCGGCUGAGUGCCAGCCAGUUCCUAACCUGUUGGCUCCUCACACUCACCCUGAGGACUCCACGGUCCUCUCCAUGUCCCAGAAGGAUGAGAACAGUGAGGGCAGACAGCGUGCUGGGAGGAAAUGGCCCCAUGGUGCCACAUGUAUUGCCCCAUAAAGAGAGGAUAUGAGUAAUAAGGAAGAAAAGUGGGAGAAUGGAGCCGAAACAAAGGAUGGAAAAUGCCCAUCUGGGCUGGGUAGCCCCUGGCCAGGGGCUCUUAACAAAGACUUGUGUGGAAAUGUGCUUGGACCUCCCUUUCACAGGGCGGGUCAUCUGCCUUCACCCACGGGCAGAACAGAAAGACCACUGCAGGAAUAAAGAGAGUGCUUCCUGGCAACCUCUGCCAAUACUUCCCCGUGUGUGUGUGUGUGUGUGUGUGUGUGUGUGUGUGUGUGUGUGUGUGUGCGCACAUAUCCAUAUGUGUUUAUGUCUGUGGUACACUUGUGUAUUCACAUAUAUGCAGAGGCAAGAGGCUAACAUCCAACGUCUUUCUCAAUUAUUCUCCCCCUUAUUUUCUGAGACACAGUUUCUCGAUAAAUCUGGAGCACACCAAUUAGGCUAGAAUGGGUAGGUAGCAAGUCCCAGGGAUGCCCCUGUCUCUGCCUUUCUGGCUUUUACGUGAGUGCUGGGAAUUGGGGUCUCAUAUUUAUAUGGCAAGCACUCUACUACCUGAGCCAUCUCCCCAGCUCCUCAUCACAAUAUUUGAAGUUUUGGGUGAGUGUCUACAAGGCCCUUUCCUCGGCUUAUUUCUCCUCUUUAAUUUCCUCUAAUGCUAGUUGCCCUGUGUCUAAAUCAAUGCAGAUCGCUCUAACAAAACACCAUAGACUGGGAAGCCUAAACAGCUCAUUCUUAGUUCUCACAGUUCUAGAAGCCGGGAAGUCCAACACUGAGGUGCCAGGAGAUUCAGUGCCUUGGUGGAAAUGCUCUUCCUGGGUUGUAGAUGGCUGGCCUCUCACUGUACCCUCAUGUGUUAGAGGCAGAAAGCAUGUGGCCCCUCAUCUUUUUAUAAGGGCACUAAUCUUACCAUGGGGGCUCCACCCUCAUGACCUCAUCACAACCUUAUUCCCUCCCAAAGACUCCAUCUUCAAAUACUAUCAUAUUGAGAGCCAUGAGUUGGAAGGGUUACAAAGCUUCAGUCUAUAAUAAUAAUUCCCCGAAAAGCAUUCCCAGGGUGCUGUGGGAUGUUCUGUAUGGCAAAUGUGUUGCUGAUUAGUCAAUAAAUAAAACACUGAUUGGCCAUUGGCUAGGCAGGAAGUGUAGGCGGGACAAGGAGGAGAAUAAAGCUGGGAAGUGGAAGGCUGAGUCAGAGAGACACUGCCAGGCGCCAUGAUGACAAACAGCAUGUGAAGAUGCCGGUAAGCCACGAGCCAUGUGGCAAGGUAUAGAUUAAUGGAAAUGGAUUAAUUUAAGCUGUAAGAACAGUUAGCAAGAAGCCUGCCAUGGCCAUACAGUUUGAAACCAAUACAAGUCUCUGUGUUUACUUGGUCGGGUCUGACGGCUGUGGGACUGGCAGGUGAGAGAGAUUUGCCCUGACUGUGGGCCAGGCAGGAAAACUCUACCUACACCAGGGCACCCUAGUAAACUGAAUUUGAUGUUCUGUUCUGUGCCAUGACUCUGUGUAUCCUGUGAGUCCCUGGUUAGUCAUCUAGCUUGGGACCACCUUGGGGGCUUGAACCUGUCUCACCCUUGAAUCUCUGGCUCAGAGACUGUCACAGCAGGUGCUCAGAAAACUGAUGCCUCAUCCGGAAGGUGGCAGUCCUCUGAUGUCUACAUUUCCUGCUCCAGAUUCCUUUGGUUCCGUCUUACCGUGGAGGAAGGAGAGGGUGUUUGAUCUGGCCCCUCCUCCCUGCUACCUCCCUCUAAGUGUUCAAUGGGGACAGCACAUUAGUGGCUUAGACAGGAGGUUCUUUGGGACCUUAUUUUUGGAGGGGAAGGAAAGGAGGUGGACCAGCUCCUACCCCUUAACCAGCAAGUGAGGUAAGGAAAGCAAGCUCUGGGCUUUCCUCACUGCCGUUGACAACCAGCGUCAUUCCUACUGUGUGCCAAGGGCCAAACUGGGUGCUUUACUUCCAGUAUCUCAUUUAAUCCUCAGGAAGCCCCUGAGGGCCACACUGCCACCAGCAUCAGCAACGCCCCCACCUGACAGAUGAGAUUUCCAAGACACAGAGAGGCUGAGACACUGACAGGAAAGCCCCACAUCAGAUGUGUCUAAUCCCAAAGCCCUUCUGGGGUCCAGCUGCUUUUUCUCCAUGGCUCUGCUCCCUCCAGAUGUUCCCAUACCCUUGUUGAAAAAUGGAGGCAGCAGCAGAACUUAGUGUUGUGCUUGCUAGAUUUUUUUUUCCUGAGGGUGGUCAACAUGAUACAAGCUAAGAUCAUCUGGGAAGAGGAAACCUCAAUCUAGAAAAUGCCUCCAUCAGAUUGGCCUGUAGGAAAGCCUGUGGGGCAUUGUCUUUAUUGAAGAUUGAUGUGGGAGGGCCUGGCCAAUGUGGUGGUACCAUCCCUGGGCAGGUGGUCCUGUGCCGUAUAAGAAAGCAGGCUGAGAAAGCUUACAUAGAGAGUAAGCCACUAAGCAGUACCCCUCCAUGGCCUCUGCUUCAGUUCCUGCCUCCAGGUUUCUGCCUUGAGUUCCUGUCCUGAGACUUCCCUCAGUGAGGGAGUAUGGCCUGAGAGCUGUAAGUUGAAGUAAACCUUUUCCUGCACUACAUAGCUUUUAGUCAUGGUGUUUAUCACAGCAAUAGGAAAGCCAACUCAGGAGGCUAACAGUGGGGUCUCAGGAGGGCCUUCUGCCACAAUCAGACCCAUGGGAGCUCAUCCAUAGCUGUCUAGAGACUGAGUUGGUGGACGAUUGCACCUCUGGUGUGCUUUAGGACCAUACAGGCCUCCACCAGGGCAUGAAAUUCAGUCACAUGAUUUUAAGUGUCCAAAGAAACAGCUGAUCUGUUUCAAUCCUUUGCUCUUGUUUGAGACAGGGUCUCACUCUGUAGGCCAGGCUGUCCCAGAGCUCAGUAUUUAAUCCAGGCUGGCCUCAAACUCACUGUAAUCCUCUUGCCUCAGCCCCACAAGUAUUAGGAUGACAGGUAUGAGCCACCACAUCAAGCUCUCAAUUUUGAUUUUCAUAAGGAACUUUCCAACAGGUUAAUAUUUUUACCCCAAAUUUUACUUUUUAAAAAGAGGCACUUUCCUGGGUGUUGUGCCACACGCCUUUAAGCCCAGCACUUGGAAGGCAGAGGCAGGUGGGUCUCUAUGAGUUUGAGGCCAGCCUGGUCUGUGUAGUGAGUUCCAGGACAG